UACGUAAAGAAUAAUGUUUGCUGCCGAAAUUUUAACCGUUACCUCUUGGAGACUUGACCGCUACUUCGAUCUCGCUGAAGCUGAUGGCCGGCUCUCUCAACUCCGAUUCCACAUUUUCCCGGCGACUUCACGGCGAGAUCUUUAAUCACGUUAAUUCCACCUGCACUCCAAAUUCUUUCAUAGUAUUUUAACAGGAACAGUUCUUUGAAAACAUGGGCACUGAAUAUCCUAAUGGUCCUGCCAUUCCCUCGAGGCCUGUUUCUGCCUUUAGUGUUGCGCAAAGUUUAACACUCUUUCAAUCAUCUGGCCCUGUGGUUGGAUCCGAAGCUUCUGCAUUUCGGCAUGCUUCUCCUAGUUCUUCCCAGAUUACGUCUCCUUCCUCUGCAUCUGGUGCCAUGGUUGGAACUGAGGCCUCUGCUUUUAGAACAAUGUCAUCAGGUAUGCCUAAUGAUGCAGCUAGGCCACCUCCAACAUCUGCAUCUCUAUAUGGACCACCAGCUGCUGGCCCUUACCAACGCUUUCCAGCACCACAGUUUUCUUCUACAGCUGGGGUACCUCCACCACACACUUCACUUGCAGGGCAACCUGUUUUACGACCGUCAGUUAGACCCGUUUCAGGUCCCUUCUCAACAUCUCAUGUUUCCCUUAAUCCCCAUAUCCAACCUCCUCAUGUUCCGAUGGGAUUCCCCCCUCAAAAUGCGAGCAUGGUGCAACCCGGUGCAGUUGUUCCUCGGUCACCUGUAGAUACCCAGUUUUCUGCUGCCAGGGCGACCAUGCAUCCAUCUUCACCACCAGCAGGUCCAGCUUAUCCUGCUGCCAGACCCGGCUUUCAAUCUGCUUUUCCAGGGUAUAUGAGUCAUCAAAAUACAGCGGGCGCACAGGCUCAACCAAGACAAUCUUUAGCCUUUCCUUCUCAGCAAGGUGGUUAUGUUCCGACAAUGGCAGCAACAUCUAGCCCCUAUCUUGCCCAACAAGGAGGCUAUGCAGCUCCACCAUCAGUAGCAUCUCAACUGGGUAGCUCAAGGGAACAAAUGCAGCAUCCAGGGUCUACACCUCCUACGGCAGUUAUGCAGGGUUUAGUGGAAGAUUUCAGUUCCUUCUCUAUUGGGUCUGUUCCAGGAUCAUUUGAUCCGGGGCUUGAUUCUAAAGUUCUACCAAGGCCAUUGGAAGGUGACCUGGAACGGAACCCUUUGUCCGAGAUGUAUCCGAUGAACUGUAGUUCAAGAUAUUUGAGGCUAACGACUAGUGGCAUUCCAAAUUCUCAGUCCUUGGCUUCAAGGUGGCACUUAACUCUUGGAGCAGUUGUUUCUCCUCUUGCUGAAGCUCCUAAUGGGGAAGAAGUUCCAGUAGUUAAUUUUGCCCCAACUGGCAUCAUACGGUGUAAAAGGUGCCGGACUUAUGUAAAUCCCUAUGUGACAUUUAGUGACAGUGGAAGAAAGUGGCGAUGUAACUUAUGUGCAUUGCUUAAUGAUGUUCCUGGCGAAUAUUUUGCCCAUUUGGAUGCCAGUGGCAGAAGAAUCGAUUUGGAUCUAAGGCCUGAACUUACCCAGGGGAGUGUGGAGUUCAUUGCUCCCACUGAUUACAUGGUCCGGCCUCCAAUGCCUCCACUUUACUUUUUCCUCAUCGAUGUAUCUGUAUCUGCUGUGAAGAGUGGAAUGCUCGAGGUAUGCAUUUGUGUUGUAGUUAUCAAGCUUUGCAAUUUGCAUCUAACUGAAAAGCAUGUCAGUCCAGACUUUAAUUCACUUAUGACAACUUAUCGUCCUUGUAUUCAUUUUGCUCACUAACUGAUGCUCAUAUUA